UAAGAAGCAAAUGAAGGAGAGGAGGAGAAGCACUCAGAGAAGAGAGAAGAAAAAGGGGGGUGCAGGGUCUGAAAAUAUCAAUAAGGAGAGAGGAAUGGAUGAUCUCUUCUAAUUAUUUAGUGACUAAAAAAAGUAAGACUUAAUGAUUAUCUGACAAAGGAGGUGCAGGAAGAUACGAGUGAGGUGUAGGAAGAAUCACUCUAUAAGAGAUCGUUUGGCAGAUGGAAUUCAAUGGAAAGAGAGACCUAGCCCUAAAGCUGUAUAAAGAUAUGGAUUGGCAUUACACCACAAAACCAUUUCUUCCUCACCCAGACACCUUAAGCUUCUUCUACAACUACAACAACAACCCUUGUCCAGGAGUGGAAGUGAAACAAGCGACAUUGUUGGAGAGAGGAGAAGGUUCUAUUCCGGCAAUGUACAACGGAAGCAAAGAGAAGAAGAAGCGGUUAACAAGCAACCAGUUAGAAAUAUUGGAGAGGAGCUUCCAGGAGGAAAUAAAGUUAGACCCUGAAAAGAAGAUGAAACUUUCGAGGGAGCUAGGCCUUCAGCCUCGCCAAAUCGCUGUUUGGUUCCAAAAUAGACGUACGAGGUGGAAAACCAAGCAGCUUGAGCACUUAUACGAUGCUCUCAAGCACCAAUAUGAUGUCAUCUCCAACGAAAAGCAGAAGCUUCAAGAAGAGGUUGUGAAGUUGAAGGCAAUGCUAAGUAAAGAGCAAGGUUUUGGGAAGCAAAGAUUGGGAGGUUAUCCAGAAAUAUCAGGAGUAGAAACAGUAGAAAGCACUUCAGAGGGUCUAAGGGGUUCCAACAAGGCACAGGGAAAGAGUAACAUUGAGCAGGUCGCAGAUGAGGGCUUUUGCUCUUUCAGCGUGGAGGAUUAUAACACUGUUUCAGUGCCUUUCUGCCAGUGGCCUGUUGUGCCUUAUUAG